UCAGUUUGACAGUACAGGAGGAAGCAGUUUAAAGGGUCUCCAGAGAUGAAGAGCCUGGGUAUUAACUUGACAGGAGAUUCUGCAGAAACACAGUACUGCUUCCCAUAUCUGAAAGGAUCCUGCCCACGAAGUCAAACACUGAUCAUUAUCAAAGCGGCCAUGUACAUGUUCAUGGCUUUCACCAUUCUGAUGACUGUCUGUGGGAACCUGCUGGUCAUCAUCUCCAUCUCUCAUUUCAGACAGCUCCAUUCUCCAACAAACCUCCUCAUCCUCUCUUUAGCAUGUAUUGACUGCUGCUUAGGGUCCUUUAUUAUGCCCUACAGCAUGAUCAGAUCUGUGGAAAACUGUUGGUAUUUUGGAGAAAUUAUAUGCAAGAUGCACUCUAGUUUUGACAUGAUGAUGUCCAUUGCUUCCAUUUUGCAUCUCUGUCUAAUUUCUGUUGACAGAUACUGGGCCAUCUGCAAGCCUCUUCAAUACAAAAGCUUGGUAUCCAUGCAAAAAGUGGCCUGCCUCAUUGCCAUCAUCUGGAUUUUCUCUUUUGGAUUUGGUUUUGGCGUGCUUCUCUCCAAGGUUCACUUAGCCGGCAUGGAGGAGUUCAUCAUGAUGAACUCCUGUGCAGGCACCUGUUUUGUGAUUCUCAACAAAGAAUGGGGAGUUGUAGCGGCGUUAGUGGCCUUUUUCAUUCCAGGAACAGUCAUGACAUCACUCUAUCUAAAGAUUUUCUAUGUUGCAAGAAGCCAUGCCAGAAAGAUAAAUGACAGCUUGGCAGUGACAGCAGAAAUAAAUAACCACAAGAACCGUAUGUCUGAACAAAGAGAGAAAAAGGCUGCAAAGACACUUGGCAUUGUAAUGGGGGUCUUUUUGUUGUGUUGGCUACCAUUUUUUACAACCAUUGUUGUAGAUCCUUUCAUUAAUUUUUCGACUCCUAAUAGUGUAUUUGAUGCUCUUAUGUGGUUGGGUUAUUUUAAUUCUACUUGUAACCCACUAAUUUAUGGACUUUUCUAUCCCUGGUUCCAGAAAGUGUUUAAAAUAAUUUUAUCAGGACAAGUUUUUCACAGGGGUUCUUCAUCAUUAAAUAUUUGUUCAGAGAUGUAAAAAACCUUCUCUAAUCACAAAAUUGCAAUUAAAGCUUUUUGUAAGAUGAAACAGU